AUGGCAACUACUGUGACCUCGACACUCCGAGGAACUCCAGCCCUUGCUGUUGCUCCGACACAAAACACCGCUCCUGUCCAUGAAUUCCGCUGCCUCUACACACGCGAUCUGCAUAAGAAGGCGAAGAAAUGGCACGAUGGCUUCCUUCGCUUCCACACCUUCAAUCGACGCGUUAUGGUCUAUGAUGACGCAAAGAAUUAUAUUGGAGACCUCCACUACACGCAAGAGGAGGAGUUUGUUGAAGGCGUCGAGAUACGACUAGACCGUGGAGUCAAUGUUGAGGUUGGUGAACGGCUCGGCGAGACCGAGACUGACCUGGCCCCGAUCCUCGAAAGACAGCGUCCAGAGAAGCCUGGGCCGCAGCAUCGGCAGACAACUCAUCCUGCGACACGUCCAAAUUCCUCAGGCUUUUCUCAGAGGCCGAAGUCAUUGCUUGAGGUUCUGGGGCCGUCGCAAGGUCGACUUGGGCGGUCAAGAUUGUCUCUGCAAUCACCCUACGAACUACGACAGCCGACUCAUCGUGUCGAGCCCGCCCAGCCCCUGGCUAAGAAACGGAGACUGUCUCGCGAGAAAGAGAAUCAGUCUGUGAGUGAUAUUCAGCAAGCCACCAGGUCUAAUCAACCAAUAAGUACCCAUGCGGUGCGUUUGACCAAGACCACGACGCUUGUUGGCCGCCGAGAAGAGACUCCUAUCGUAUUCGAAGAUGUCCUGGACCUUUCCUCCGACGACGACCGACGACGGCCACGUAACGGAAAUACAGGACGGCAGCGCAUGCAGACCGAGGCGCCAAAGCAGCAGUCAAAGGAGAAGGUUAAACCGCUAUCUGAGUCUCUAAAACCACGUCGAGCAGUUAGGGAACAGAAGGUGGAACCUCCGCGCCGGACCAAGCCUUCGCGGGCUAUUUCAACCAAACUGAAAAAUGCUUCCGAAGCUCAGAAAGGCAGAACAUCUACCACGGCCACAAGCUCACGUUCUUCUGUUCAGCGGAUUGCGCGGUUGUUACUGAGCCAGCCCAAGCCUAGGACCAAACUGACUUGCUUGCUGCCUUUUGUGAGGGAUAGCAGUGAAAAGGGCACUGUUAACGCUUCGAAUGCCGAGAGUCAAUGUCGGAUCGAUGUCGUUGGCCCCAUGAGAAGUCAUCGUUCAGAAUCAAGCAUGCAGGAUCAAGAGCCAACGCAUGGCAACAACAAUGGACACCAUAGUCCGACCCAGAUCUCGGAUUCUCGUACCUCUACUCCCGAGGCUCCUCAGCAAAGCAUCCACGAAAUCAGCAGCCCACUCUUCGUGCCAGAAGACAACGCAGGUCACAGAUCACCCUCGCCAAGGCCAUUGCCCACGCAGGAAGACUUCCCUUUCCUAGAUCUGUCUGGUAAUGCAGCCUCGUCACGUGCUGAGCAACUACAUCCGCCUCAUGGCAAUAUAGAUGCGCCAGAUACGGAUCUGGACGGGAUCCCUGGUCAAGAUGCAGUCGCAUCACCGCUGCGUACCAAUACUCACGAGAGUGUCCAUCAAGAAGGUGUUGGUGGGGAUCCGGAUUUGUCAUUUCCCUUACAAGAUGCUGCAUCACGCACAUUCAGACGGGUUUUCUCCGAGAACGACGCCAUGGAUGAUGAAGAACUUGGCCAACUUCCUGCCCUUCAUGCUCAUGGCACACGAAGUCCACUGAAGUUGCUAGACGAUCGCAAUUCCCGACGAGUUCCACGUAAAGCAAAAAGCCCGACGAAAGUACAUCGGUGGGCAUCAGACACUGUUGCCCUGGACAAGCAACUAGACAAUGAGGCAGACCAAGACAUGGAGGAGCUUCCGAAAGGCGAGACGGGACCUUGGACUGCUGAAGAGGCUUUCCUGCUCUUCGACUGGUGGCCACCUGAAAAGCAGAAACCGGAGUUUUGGGAUGCGCUCGUGAACAAACCGUCGGUGAGGGCUGCUGUCCCUGGACCCGGGCAAGGCGGUCGGACGGGCAUUACCACAGCCCGACAGUUUCUUCGUGAUGAUAUAAAUGUGCUAUGA